AUGCUCUUCAUAUCGCUAAUGACCAGUUCGUUGCUGGCGGAUGGGGCAAUGGUCUGGGGUUCUACUCUGAUAACUGAGCAAGCCAUGGAUUGGGACAUUAGUAUCACACAUUCGGCGACGAGUAUGAACUAUGGCAUCCUGCUUCAGGGCUUUGGAGGUAUCUUUGCAGUGCCGCUUAUUGAAGCCUACGGUCGUCUGCCGAUCUGGCUAUGGCCUCAGGUGAUCACCAUGUUCAUGGUAUUGGGUGCUACGCUUUCCAAUGACUGGUCCACUUUCACGACCUUCCGAUCCUUGCAGGGUCUGUUUGGGACUGUGCCUCAGGUUAUUGGUCUUCCCAUUAUUCACGAUAUGUAUACCUCGGCUGAAUGGCCGCGUAUGAUCAAUAUCUGGGGAACUACCUUUCUAGUCGGUCCCUUCCUCGGUCCCGCGAUAGCAGGAUACAUCGGUGCCGGAACGGACUGGCGCACCUCCUUCGGCGUACUCACAGCCAUCUAUGGCGUGUCUACGGCCAUGGUCAUCCUGUUCGGCUAUGAGACUUAUUAUGUUCAUGGCCAAAGAGGCAGUCCCUCACGCCUAGCUUCUUACUGUGGCAUUGGAAACACUCUACUUCCGAAGGGAUCUACAUUGACAUAUUGGUGUCGAAUGGUCGUAGUCUAUAUCUUCAAGUUUCCGUUAUUGAUGACUGGCUUCGCCAUUUUGGUGACAUUUACAUGGCCCAUUGGAAUUACAACUACUAUCGACGCCUUCUUACAUAGUCCGCCCUACCUCUUUGACACAAUCGAGGCAUCAUCCAUGCGAUUUGCUGGUGUCAUCGGGGCUCUGUGUGGCUGGGCCUUUGGUCACUUCUUCAAUGGCUGGAUCUUCAACCGGCACAGCAAUAAUAACACAUGGCGAACCGAACUCCGUCUCCACGGUGUCUGGUUCCCAAUUGGUAGUAUGGCCUCUGGCCUCUUGACAUACGGACUCACCCUGCACUUUGGCAAGCACUGGAUUGGCCUGGCAUUUGGCUGGAUCAUGGUGAACACCGGCAUGGUAGCAACAAUUGUCGCCAUUUCUGCCUAUGCAUUAGAAAAAUACCCCGAACAAUCUACGUGUGUCUCAGCAAUCCUGAACAUGUGGCGUACCUGCGGCGGGUUCGCAGUGGGAUAUUUCCAGCCAGCUUGGAUUGAUCGCAAUGGACUGGGCUUGGUCUUUGGGAUUCAGGCUGCCGUUGUUUGUGUGGCUAUUGUCUUAACAAUUACUCCUGUUUUCCUGUGGGAACGCAAGAGACGCACGCAAGGUCAAGAAGCAUGA